AUGAAACGUAUUUUCAAUUUAGCUUCAUCAACUUCACUUCAUUUCGGAGAACUUAUAUGGGCAAAAUUAGCAUCAGCACCAUUUUGGCCUGCAGUUAUAUUUACGGAAGAAAAUCAAGAUUGGAUUCGUCAUAAAGGAAAAUCUACAUAUGUACAUGUUUUCUUUUUUGGUGAAACUGCUGAACGUAGUUGGAUUCAAACAACACGUGUUUUACCAUUUAUUGGUACAGAAAAAUUUAGUAAACAACGUUCUAAAUGGCGUCGUAAAAUGAAAACUAAAAUGUUAGACGAACAAAAAUUAACAUUAAAAGAUAGAUCAAAUUUUAAUACUGCCAUUAAACAAACAGUUAGAUUAUCGAAAUUGUCAUUACGAAAACGUAUAACUAUACUUAAAAGGGAAUGGUGGUAUUGGGAUGAUCCUAUUGAAUCAGAAUCAUCUAUUGAAAGAUCACCAGAAGAAACAAUUAUUGAUGAUGAUGAUGAUGAUGAUGAUGAUGAUACACCAAUACUCACUCAAGAUCAGAAAAAUUAUACUGAAGAGAUUCUACAAUUAUUUAGUACAAAUCCAGAUGAAUUGGAUGAUAUUAUUUGUCUAUCAGAUAAUGAUGUUGAAUCACCUUUAAAGCAUACAUCAUCUGUUUGUUUUCAUCCGUUAACAUCAUAUGAAGAAGAAACAAUAAUUCGAGAAAUGAUUUCAUCUUCAAAUAAUUCAUUUUCAGCAUGUCGCUGUGUAGCAGAAAAAGAAUAUUUACAUUGCAUUCGAAAAAAUUUUCCAUCAACAUCUAUUAUUUCUGAACAUUGGUUCUAUUUGUUUGUUUUUCGUCAUUGUGAACGAUUAGCUAAAAUUUUUCCACAGUGGAUUAAUCAUAUGGAAACUUUAUUACUAGAGCCUCCAUUUAUUUCACCCAUACAUAUAUCACAAAUGAAGUCACUUAUUAUUUUAUUUAAACAAUAUUAUAGUAGCAAUCAACAGUAG